AUGGAAAAUAUAGAAAUAAUCGAUGAAGUGGAUCCGCUGUUGUACGAGUUCAACGAGUCGGACUCGACUAAUACCGAAAACGAAGUAUCGUCGACGUUUCUUUGUGGAGAGAGUUUGAAACCACCGAUACUGGGCAGUUCCUAUCGAGUUCCCGAUAUACCGAAAAAGUGUAUCGAACCGAUGAUUCUGGAUACAUCGUUGCCUUACAUUCCGGUCUAUACUCAUUUAAAAAUAUAUGAUUUAAAACCCGUCGAAAGGCCUAAUACUCCACCCACGUUGUCCGAGUUACGAUUGAAAAUCCUAGACGAUAAUGAAUCCUGUUUGUCUUCCAAAGCGUCGCCAUUAACAGGACGAAACAGUAAACAACGUAGUUCCAUUACGGCGAAAUCGCGCGAAAGUGAAAGAGUUUUAAAAACAGAAUGA